AUGAACGCCCCACCUACACUUGCACCCAUGGACAUGACGGAACCCUUCAACCCGGACUUUAACAGCACAUCCGAGGUCACAAAGGACGGCGCUCUCGCAUCCCCAAUCCACGAGGCCGCUCCCACAACGCCGGAACAGCGGAGUACUUCCCAGGAUGCGCAUACCCAACAGCGAGUCCAUGAAAUCUUACACUCGGACGUGGGCGUCGCGACCCUGCUGAAUCGCCUCAAAGCCAGCAUUUCGAGUGCUAGGGACUUUGCGGGGUUUCUGAAGCGCCGGGGCGCCCUUGAGGAGGAACAUGCGGGCAGCUUGAAGAAACUCAGCCGGGGGACACUCGACGGCGUGCGCAAGCCCGAUACACGAGGAGAGAGCUAUCGGACUCAAUUCGAACAAGUCCUCCAUGCCAACGAGCGCAUCGCCGACAAUGGCACCCAGUUUGGGCUCGCUCUGCACGCCAUGCACGAGAACCUCCUGCAGCUAGCCAACAAAAUGGACGGAAACCGCAAGUCAUGGAAGCAGCAGGGACUAUCCGCUGAGAAUAAGGUGCAGGAGGCUGAACGGCUGGCUGAGAAGGCCAAGGCCAAAUACGACCAGCUGGCCGAAGAUCUUGACCGUGUCAAAACGGGCGAUACAGGGGCGGGCAGGAAGUUCGGUCUGAAGGGACCCAAAUCAGCAGCCCAGCACGAAGAGGAUCUUCAGCGUAAGACCCAGGCAGCGGACCAGGACUACGCCAGCAAGGUGCAGACGGCCCAGACCUUACGCAAGGAGCUCAUAGCCACUACGCGGCCUCAGGCUGUCUCUGCACUACUGGACCUGAUCAAGGAAACAGACGCUGCCCUUACCAUGGAAAUGCAGAAGUUUGCUUCAUUCAAUGAGAAACUCGUGGUCAACAACGGCCAAGUUGUCACGCCCCAGUCACUUAAGGGCAGCACUGCUCAUCCACCACCCAGCAUUAACCAGCUCAUCUACCAGAUCAACAAUGAGCGAGACUUUGAGGAGUUCAUCUUGAGCCAGGGGUCCAAAGCACCUCUUUCUAGAGCGGAGAUUCAAUACGUCAAACAUCCGACCCAGAACCAGGGACGAUCUCAUCCAACCCCGCCAGCUGGAAAUGGUCGUCCUUCGAUGCAGCUGCAGAGCCAACCCCCACCGACCUUCUCGACGCCGCAGCCAGACCCUCACCCUACUUCACCCUUGCAACAGACCUCUUCGCAUGCCGAGCCUUCGCAACCGCCCUCAUUCGGGAUGCACUCGCAACAGCCGCCUCCUUCGUUGCAGCUACAGCACCACCAGCCACAACCGCCUCAGGCAGCGCCAUACCCAACCAAUGCUCCUUACUCACCUACAUCUCAGGCUCCUUACCCACAAGCGGACUAUCCGCGUGGCCCAGUUGGUCAGGCCACAGCACAGCAGACUAGUGGUGUACUAUAUCACCCUGGUCAGCCUCCCAUCAACCCCAUCUUUGGCGUAACUCUAGAAGAAUUGUUCCGGCGAGACGGCUCUCCCGUGCCGAUAAUAGUCUAUCAAUGCAUUCAGGCUGUCGAUCUCUAUGGCUUGGAGGUCGAGGGUAUUUACCGCAUUCCGGGAACCUCGUCACAUAUCCAGCAGAUGAAGGCUUUGUUCGACAGUGAUGCUUCCCAGGUCGAUUUCCGAAAUCCCGAAUCUUUCCAGCACGACGUCAACAGUGUCGCGGGGCUGCUGAAACAGUUCUUCCGCGAGCUGCCUGAUCCGCUCCUCACGCGGGAAUUCUAUGGCAAGUACAUUGAGGCUGCACGGAUUGACGAUGAUACGAUGCGUCGAGAUUCGAUGCAUGCUCUGAUCAACGCCCUGCCUGAUCCGAACUACGCAACGCUGCGUGCUCUUGCCCUGCAUCUACAUCGGGUGCAACAAUCUUCAGAGAUCAACCGCAUGAGCACUGCCAACCUGGCCAUUUGUUGGGCACCCUCAAUCAUGGGCCCCCAUAAAGGCAACAACAUGGCCGAUGCUGGACUACAAGCCCGCGUGAUUAUCACCAUCCUAGACAAUGUGCUUCAGAUAUUCGACGAGGACUAG